AUGGCCAUAGUCCCGGAUGAUGAGAUACCCACAGACCCUGAGGUUUUUACAUCAGACACCACGAGUAGCGACGAUGAUGAUUUCCAGCCGUUUGCUUUACCAGAUUUUGGAGAUGAUAUACCCCUAGUUGAUGGUUUUCCUGACGGGGAUCUAGUUCUUGUUCCGAUCCCUGUCCCUUUUCCUCUUGCUGCAUUUCCUCUCGAGGAUCUGCCUCUUGAUGCCAUGUCUGACGACGACGUCGAUUUUUUUAAUGAGGGCCCCCCUGAGGGUGCCCAGGAUGAUGGACUUCCAGUCGACGAUGACGUUGUCGUUCCACUUUUCGAGAUUCCAGUUGAUGAUGAUGUUGCUAUCCCUCUUGUUGAGAUCCCAGACAUUGAUGUCAUUGCUGUUCCACUUAUCGAGGUUCCUGUCCUGGAGAUUUUGUCUGACCAUUAUGGUCCUAAUUCGUUCGAAUCGGUGUCAUCUACUACAUUACACGCACUAGGAUUGCAGCGUUAUCCCACUGACUCUGACUCCGACACCGCUAUGUCAGCUGCACCUGUUCCUCCGCAGGAUUUCGAGUUUGAUGGCGAGUUUGAUCCUGUCUUUCCACGCGACUUUGACCCUGAUCAUGAGAUUGAGUUUGUCCCUGACGAGCAGCCUUUUGAGGCACCUGUCAUCCCUGACGAUCAGCUCUUUGAUAUACCCGCUGAUCUCGAGUAUGCCCCAGCUGACCCUGAGCCUGAGAUUGCACCAAAACCUAUACCUGCUCACGACCCUUUGCCUGAGCAUGACCCUGCACCCGUUGACAUUCCAGUUGUUGCACCACCUUUUCCUGACACAAUCCCUGUACUUGUUGAUCGUGCUCCUUCUGCUGCCCAGGUUGACCCCAUAUAUGCAUCCGCCCACAAUGGGUGGAUCAAGGACGAUGAUGACUUACCACCUUUUGUUAGACCUGUUACUCCCCCUCCUGCACCUAUACAUGCACCCAUUGAUAUCGCCCCGUUUCACCAACAUGUAUCUGACUUUCACCGCACAGAUCUACCGAUCACGUUCCUACAGGAUAUCCCUCAUCCCCGUCCCGGGGAAGGACCAUCGAGUCAGCAGCCCAGUCAUAUUCCACCUGUGUCAGCAACCUUUCCUUUCAUGCCACCAUUUGCACCUGCUACACAUACUGCACCUUUUGCUUGUGCACCCACGGGCGAGCCACUUAUUUGGUUUCCGCCCAACACGAUGCCUGUUUCUGAUCCAAAUCACCCUUCACAAUAUGUUGGAUACACGAGGGAUGAUCUGCUUUUACCGUUACAGCUCCAGCAGGAGUUGUUGUGUCGCAGAGUGAUGGAGUUAGAGAGGAUUCUGCGUCCUCCACCUUGCACUUGUCAGUCACCAUUCGCGACUCCACUGGCUCCACUUAUGCCAUAUUCAUGCUCUUGA